GAGGCAUCUCAUCGCUGUGGGUUUGGCGUCUCGCUAACCGACGCUUCUCAGCUGAUCCAUUUCGACCCCUUCCGCCUCUUCCGCCUCCUCAGGGUUUUUGCACCAAAAAAGAAACCCUAAUUUCGACGGAUCGAAGCGUUUUACGUCGUAUGAAGAUUCGAAAUGGCUUGUAUGAGGGAGGAGUGAGAUGAGUCGGGCGCACUGGUGAACCCCUAACACGGUGGCGAGUGGAGCGGAGGCGACGGUUAUCUGCAGAUGCAGUUCGAGCAAGAGCAGGAUCUUGUCGUACACGACGGUACCGGCAACGAUGGUUCCGAGGGUCCUCCCAGAUGCCUUCGGUGUGGCAUUAGUGCAAAUGCAACACCACAUAUGCGCCGUGGGCCCGAGGGACCAAGGACUCUUUGUAAUGCAUGUGGGAUUGCUUGGACAAAGAGUUUGCAUAAACAGGGUAAAAUGAGGAGAAUGGUUGACCCAAAUGGCCCUUUGAGUGAGGUCACAAUGGCAAAAUUGGUGCCGGAAAUUGAUAUGGAAUUCGAAAGCGAAGAGAAGGCAUAUGAGUUCUACAAUAAGUAUGCUGGACAUGUUGGUUUUAGUGUGCGAAAAAGUUCUUCGGAUAAAUCAUCUGAAAAUGUUACUAGAUCUAGAACUUUUGUUUGCUCAAGACAAGGGUUUCGUAAGGACAAAAAAGGUGCAAAAGAAGUAAAGAGGCCCAGGCCAGAAACAAGAAUAGGAUGCCCUGCACGAAUGACCAUUAAAAUUACACCAAGUGGUAAAUACCGAAUAACAGAAUUUAUAGCAGACCACAACCAUCAGCCAGCACCACCUUCAACAACACACAUGUUAAGAUCUCAAAGGAUAACCAUUGAGCUUCAGGCUGCUGAAGCAGAUUUGUCAGAUGAUUCUGGGACAACUCCAAAAUCUACCAAUGAGACUGCUCCAAGGCCAAUUGGCGGCCCUAGAAAUGUCAUGUUUCUUCCUGCAGAUUACAAGAAUAACCUCCGAUCAAAGCGAAUGAAAGCCAUGCAGAUGGGUGAUGCUGGAGCUGUACUAAAGUAUCUGCAGAGCAUGCAGCUUGAUGACCCUUCCUUCUUCUAUGCUAUUCAGGUAGAUGAGGAUGAUAGAUUGACUAACAUUUUCUGGGCAGACUCAAAAUCUAUAAUGGACUUUAACUGCUUUGGUGAUGUCGUGUGCUUGGACAUGACUUACAAAAUAAAUGGAUAUGGUAGGCCCUUGGCACCAUUCCUUGGUGUGAAUCAUCAUAAACAAACAACUAUAUUUGGUGCUGCAUUGCUGUAUGAUGAAUCAAUAGAUUCUUUCAAGUGGUUAUUCGAGACCUUUAAGAUUGGGAUGCGUGGAAAGCAACCAAAGACCAUAUUGACAGAUCAAUCCAUGGCAAUAAGUGGUGCAGUAGCUUCAGUCUGGCCAGGCACUAAUCAUCGACAUUGUGUGUGGCAUGUUUACCAGAAUGCUGUUAGAAAUCUAAAUCAUGUAUUCCAAGGUUCAAAAACCUUUUCAAAAGAUUUUAGCAAGUGUAUCUAUGAUUGCGAGGAAGAGGAGGAAUUCAUGUUAGCAUGGAGAGCAAUGUUGGAUAAAUAUGAUCUCAAAAAUAAUGAAUGGUUAGGCAAGUUAUUUGAGGACAGGGACAAAUGGGCUUUACCUUAUGGUCGAGACAUAUAUUGUGCUGACAUGAAAAGCACUCUGCAGAAUGAAAGCUUGAGUAGCGUGCUAAAGAAAUACUUGAGUCCUCAGUUAGACCUCUUAUCCUUUUUUAAGCAAUACGAGAGAGUGUUGGAUGAACAUCGCUAUGCAGAGUUACAAGCUGAUUUUCAUGCUAGUCAAAGCUUCCCAAGAAUACCUCCCUCGAAGUUGCUCAAACAAGCUGCAAAUCUAUAUACACCUGUGGUCUUUGAAAUAUUUAGGAAGGAGUUUGAGAUGUUCAUGGAUUCUAUGUUGUUUGGUUGUGGUGAGGUUGAGAGUAUAUAUGAGUACAGAGUUGCUGUCACCGAUAAACCCAAAGAACACUAUGUUAGAUUUGACUCUCGAGAUUGUUCUGCCUACUGCAGUUGUAAGAAGUUUGAGUUUGUGGGGAUUCAAUGUUGUCAUGUGCUAAAGGUGCUCGACUUCAGAAACAUCAAAGAAUUGCCUCUUAAGUACUUCUUAAAGAGGUGGAAAAAGGAUGCUAAGUCUUCUAAUGAAGGCAACAAUUGGGUGAUUACAAGUGAGAGUGAUCCCAAGACCCCCACAAGCUCAUCCCUGAUUGUUCCAGUGACAUCCUAUUCACAACAGCAGGGUUUUCAUGGCUCAAGUCAAUUUAGUCAAGAUCCUUCUGUCUCAGACUUGCAUCAACAUUCAUUUCCUGCCAGCACUCAGUUAAAUCAGGGAUAUUCAGCUGCAAGUAUGCACUCCCCAGCAUUUCUUGGGAGUUCCCAUGUGAACAAUCGGACAAAUGAUGAAGGCCAUUGAGACAUUCAGAUCUCUGUCUGAAUUACCUGAGUAUGAGUAGUUUAGAAUUCCUAUAUGAAGUGAUGUUGCUUUUGCUGCACAAACACAUGGGCGCAAGGUCUUCAGUAUCCCAUGGAAAUUCCUUUUGGAUGCUUGAUUGAAGUGCCUUGAGAUAAGAAUCGUGUUAGGGUACAGAUGACAUAACAAAAUGAUCCCCCCUGCAAAUACUUCUGUGCAGGUCAUAUGGACAAGCACCCAUCGAGCUAUCUGAAGACAUGGGCAUAUGAACAGGCAAGCUGUUGGCAAGGUUUCCUACGUUAUCAGGAUGAUGCUAUGUACCAGAUAAAUGAGUGCUUAAAGAUCAACAUUGACGAUAACAAUGGAGGAUGGUGUUUGAUCUGCUCUGUAAUGACAAGGAGUGUAAGUUGCGCUAUCAAUGCUUAAAGAGGAGCCUAGUACAGAAGUCAGGGAUAUAAUGAUCCCAUGAUAAUAUUAAAGGUUUCAAAAGCUUCAUAAGGAGUGUAGAACCAUGUAAGCUGCAAUUCAGUGGCUUCUAUGACAACAAGGAACAUGCUUGAUGAUUGUAGUUGUCAGUUGGGUCAAUGAAUUCCCAAUUCCUUCCUUGCAGCUA